AUCCCAACCACCUGCCGUCCCUUGUCUUGUGUCGCGUUGGAAGCAAACGCAUGGCCCGACGCCUGGGUCGGCAAACGAAGAAAACACGACUACUUUCUCACGUGUGUGUGUGCAGUGUUUACCAUGUUCAACAGUGCGGUUGUGACGCUAACAGUACUCUUAGCAGGACAAUGCGUGCUCGCCGAAUCCCCGGACUCCGAUCUCGAGAAAUUGCGCAUUACCGUAGCGAAGCACGAUCGAGUGAUCGUCAUAUUCACCCAAGAAUGCUGCACCUGCACGGAGUGCGUCGAAGUGGAACAGAUCCUGAACGCAAAACAGGAGGAGCUGAACGAUUACUACGGAGUUGGUGUGGUGAAAGUGGUUAGCAAACCGAAGGUUGAAGAACGUUACGGCAUCACGUCACGCCCGGCGAUUGUCUUCUUCCGACAGUCUGUUCCCGCUCUCUUUGAAGGUCGCCACGACCCUGACAGCAUAAUGGAAUGGAUUGGCCAGAGCUUGGAGCCGGCAGUAAAAGCCCUGGACGACGAAUCAUUCGAGCAUCUUACGCAAGCUGCGACAGGGGCCACUACAGGCAACUGGCUUGUGGUGUUCCACACAGAUAAAUGUGUGAAACAAGAUGCGGCAACAGGUGUGCUGGAGGGUCUGUCAUCAAAAGUUAAAGGGACCACAAAUGUUGCCAAAGUCGACAUUGAUCGUUCUCCAGGCCUGGUGGAAAGGUUCUCAAUCAAGGAGUGCCCCACCAUCCUUUUCUUCCGACUAGGCAAAAUGUACAAGUACAACCUUAAGAAGCUGGAAAUCAAAUCUCUGAAAAAUUUUUUGGAUGGCUUGUACAAAAACAUGAAGGCCCAUCCAGUGCCAGUGCCUCAGACACCAUUCGACAAGAUGGUUGAAAAAAUCGCGGACUUUCUCAAGGAACACAGAAGAACUGUGAUGCUGGGGAUUGUGGCAUUCUUCUCAGUCACAUACACCAUAUACAAGGCUCUCUCACUUCGAAACACCCAGAAAGUUGUGAAGAAAGAUUGAUCUUUGGACCUGCCUGUGCCUUAGUGGUGGUUGUCAGAAUAAAACAUUUUUACAUGGUUG